AUAUUUUCAAAGACAAUUAUAUCCACCUGGAUACAUAGUUCUGAAUGAAUUGGGUGGUAUCUUAGUUUCAAAAGCAAUUUAUGAGCUUACAAAACUUGAAAUUACAGAUAUAAUUAAAUCUCAUGGUGGAAAAAUGAAUAUAAGUGAGAUUUCCAAAAUAACCGGAACUGAUGAAGAUAAAUUGAAUCGUCUCCUUCGCGUUGCAACAUCAAAAGGUAUCUUUAGAGUUCUUGGUGAUGGAGUAUACGCUAAUAAUAACCAAUCAUUAGUAUUAAGUAAAAACCAUCCAAAUACAUAUUAUAAUAAUAUUUUGACAAUGGAAGAAAUUUCUUCAGCAUCUGAAUAUUUAGCUUUUGAUUUAAAAUUACAAACUGAUAAUAAAAAAGAGCAAAUGACUGCAUUCGCAAAAGCUCAUAAUGGUAUAGAAUUUUAUGAUUGGUUGUCAUUACCUAAUAAUAAAGAAAGGUUGGAAAUUUUUAAUAAAGGAUUGGUUGAACAUGAUAGCGUAAGUGGCAGAGGUCUUUAUCAAGAUUAUAAUUGGUCACAGUAUAGUAACACAAAAUUUGUAGAUUUCGCUGGUGGGACUGGAGGUUUUUUAUCCCAAUUGUUGACGUCUUAUCCAACAAUGAAAGGUGUUCUUUAUGAACUUCCUAGUGUUAUUGAAAUGUCUGAACAGUCAUGGUCAAUAAACCAUAAACAAUUAUUAAACAGAAUUCAAUUUGUUCGAGGUGAUUUCUUUAUGAAUCCGCCUCCGCCCGCUGAUAUUUAUUUUCUUCGUUCCAUACUUCAUAAUUGGUCUGACGAACAAGCCAUCAAAAUUCUUAAAACAGUUCGAUCUGCCAUUCCUUUAACUAAUGAUAAUUCAUCUUUUCAUGAAACGACUUCAUACUACAACCCAAAGCUUCUUAUUGCUGAAACAGUGAUCAGUGAACCAACUCUGCCUCUUAUAUAUCAAUUGGAUUUAAUAAUGAUGUGUUUGUUUAAUGGCAAAGAAAGAACAAAAUUAGAAAUGGAGAAACUUUUGGAAAAAUCUGGAUGGAAAUUUACGAAAAUUACUCCUUGUAGAGGUGGAUUUAGUAUCAUUGAAGCAGUUCCUAUAUAA